AUGUUCAGCCCAUUAUUACGCGAAACGGGUGAUUUUCUUGUUCGAGCAAGCCAAAUUGGUGAUUACUACACACUCGUAUUGAACGUAAAGAAUGGUUCUGAAAUCGACAACUUGACAAUAAGUGUGGUUGACGAUCAAUUCACUCUACAUUACUUACUGGCCAAAGGAAAUUCUGUGAAGUUUCCAACAGUUGGUCAUCUUAUAAAGUAUUACAAGAAACAUCGACUUCCUAACGAAAGACGUCUUGUAAAGGCAGUAAAACGUCCGUGGUGGUUAGUACACCACUCUUCUGUUGCUUAUGAUGAGGUGAGUUGAUU